AGGAAGUGGCUGAGUGUAUGUAUUGAACAGUUGAAGCUCUCUCAACCGCUCUCCCGAAAAAUAACAGUUUCCAUAUUGCAAACGGGAGGAGGGGAGAAGAGAGUGGAGAAAACAAUCAAUCAAUCAAUCCUCCCCAUUAUCUUCAUCUUCUUCAUUAAAAGCCCAAAAUCCGAAACCUGGAGGAAUUGGAAUGCACAUGUUUUCAGAAACCUAAGAAAUCCCCCUGCCACUCUGCAGCGCUCUGAUUCUCUGAUUCCCUCUUUUGGGAUCAGAGAAUCGUCGCCCCUUCUCGUCUUCCUUUUUUUUAAUAUUUAAUGAUGAGCUUAUAGAGGAGGAGGAGGAAGAAGAGGAGGUGGGUCUUUUUUUGUUUUCUUUUGUUUUAAAAAAGACUUUUUUUUUAAUAAAGAAAAACAAUUCAAGAAUUUUCUUUUUCUUGAUUUGGAUUGGGAAGAAAUGGUUGUGCCUCAUGAUGAUGGAAACAUGGAGGGUUGGCUUUACCUCAUCCGAUUGAACAGGCUUGGCCUCCAGUAUUGUCGAAAACGGUACUUCGUUCUUGAAGAUAACUGCCUCAAGAGCUUCAAAUCAAUCCCCAUUACCGGAAGAGAGGAACCACUGAGAAGUGCAAUAAUAGACUCCUGCAUUCAUGUUAAAGACCAUGGAAGAGAGAGCUGCAACAGAAAAGUUUUCUUCAUUUUCACCUUGUAUAACACCUCUAACCAUAAUGAUAUACUCAAGAUUGGAGCUACUAGUCCAGAAGAUGCUGCUAGAUGGAUCCGUUGUUUAAAAGAUGCUGCAUUGAAUCCUGAAAAAAAUUUAAGGGCACCCGCGAUAAGAAAAUGGCAACCUUUCAGAUUGAGCGUGUCAAAGAGGAUGGCAAAAAAGAAGUCCAUAGAUUGGACCGAAGCAUCUUCUUCACAUGUAGAUGCAAUGACUUCUGAUGUUAUUGGCCCUUCACCGUGGAAGAUAUUUGGAUGCCAAAAUGGCUUGCGACUAUUCAAAGAGGCAAAAGACAGAGAUUCUAAUGGGAAGCACUGGGAUAGUCAUCCGGCAAUAAUGGCAGUAGGUGUAAUUGAUGGAACUUCGGAAGCCAUUUUCAAAUCACUCAUGACUCUCGGCCCAUCUAGAUCAGAAUGGGACUUCUGCUUCUAUAGGGGCAGUGUGGUUGAGCAUCUUGACGGACACACCGAUAUUAUCCACAUGCAACUAUACAACCAUUGGCUUCCAUGGGGGAUUAAACGAAGAGAUCUGCUGCUGCGGCGUUAUUGGAGAAGAGAGGAUGAUGGAACAUACGUAAUUCUUUAUCACUCUGUCGUCCACAAUAAAUGCCCGCCACAAGAAGGAUAUGUUCGCGCCACCGUUAAAAGUGGUGGACACGUUAUAGUUCCUGUAAACCAAGGCAAAUCAAGCAUUGUCAAACACAUGCUCUCUGUUGAUUGGAAGUUCUGGAAGUCAUAUCUUAGGAAAGAAACGUCUAGAUCCAUAACCAUUUGCAUGCUUGGGAGAAUUGCAGCACUGAGAGAGAUGUUUAAAGCUAAUUCUGGAAGCUACUUCCACAAUGUUUCAUCAGGAGAGCGAACAAUAGAUAUCCAGUUACCUCUUAGUGAAAAAGAGGAGAUAAAAAAUGAAGUUUCUCAAGAAAGGAUUGAAGUGGAUAUAGAGAAACAUCCUUCGGGUCGGUCAAGUCUAGUCGGGUUGAAUGAUGUGACGGAUGAGUUUUUUGAUGUUCCCGAACCGUCUGAUGAUGAACAGUCAGAUCACGGAUGGUCUUCCGGUUCAAGUCCAGACUAUCAUGCGGACACAUAUCCACAGAAAAUAUCAUCUGCUGCAAAUUUUGUCAAAAAAUUGCAGGAUCUAGCAGUCCAGAAGAAAGGGUAUGUUGACUUACAAGAAAUGGUCUUGGAAGAUGAAGCCACAUGCUGUUACGGUUCCACUCUUCCCAAAGAUGCCAGUUAUAGUCUGACCUGCAGUUGGGCAGCUGCUGACACAUCAUCGUUCUUAAUCCGAGGAGAGAAGUACAUGGAAGACCAUCAAAAGAUCACAGCAAAAGGAACAUUGGCACAAAUGGUUGGUGCAGAUUGGCUACAAUCUGACAUUCGCGAGGAUGAUCUUGCUGGUCGCCCUGGAAGCAUCGUGCAGAAAUAUGCAGCCCGGGAUAGACCAGAAUUCUUUUUCGUGAUCAACAUUCAGAUUCCAGGAGCAACAAGACACAACCUUGCUCUAUAUUAUAUGUUGAAAACUCCUUUAGAUGAGAACCCUUUACUCGAGCGCUUUGUCAAUGGAGAUGAUGCUUUCAGAAAUUCAAGAUUCAAACUCAUUCCAUACAUCUCCAAGGGAUCAUGGAUAGUGAAACAAAGUGUGGGUAAGAAGUCGUGUUUGAUUGGUCAAGCUCUUGACGUGCAUCAUUUCCGUGGCAAGAACUACUUGGAGCUUGAUGUUGACGUUGGGUCAUCCACGGUUGCAAGGGGAGUUGUCAAUCUUGUUCUAGGCUAUUUGAACAACCUUGUAAUAGAAAUGGCAUUCCUUGUACAGGCAGACGCAGCAGAAGAUCUUCCAGAACAGCUUCUUGGGACGUGUCGGCUUAACCAUUUAGACGCGUCCAAAGCUAUUCUUACCCACAACAUUAGUUGCUAAUAUAAGGACUAACAAAUGGAGUAUGUAAGUGCCACAGAAGAGUGUGUAAAAAGUGUAAUUAGUUUGGUAAUUACAUGUUUUGGAAGUUGAUUUGAUUUAAUUAAUUUUGUUUAAAUUUUCUCUUCAAAUUGUUUUUUGGAGGUACACAUUAUUGUUACUUCUGGAAAAGUUGGUGAGGGAUAAGUUGUCCAUUGUGUAAAUUCUCAAAGCUGGCCUAGUUUAAUGGUU